AUGGGCGUGGACGAUGUGGUAGAACUCCGUAAAGGUCUUUUGAUGACUUGCAGUGGGUCAUCGGAUAAGUUAAAGCUUAUAAACGUAAUGCCGACGAAAAAGCUCGGUUCUGUAGGAACGCAUGGGGAUGAUGACGGCAUUGAUCAGCUUCUGGUAUCUCCAGACCGUUCAACAUUGAUAUCCAUGUCGUCUUUUGCAAGUUCUAUCAAAUUCUGGCCUUUAGAGGACUUACUAGCCAAUGUUCCUGUUCUACGAGUGGUUGACAUCAAGAAACGCAAACCUGUCAUCAAAGAAGGGUGUAAAUUUUGUUCAACUGAGCGAAGAGAACAGUACAAAUGUCCACGUUGUAAUGCAACUUAUUGCUCGCUGAGAUGUUAUAAGUGCGAGAAACAUUCGGAGUGUUCGGAAAACUUCUACAAGCAAUGUGUCAAAGAAGAACUGGAGGGACGUCGUUUCCAAGGAGAUGGGAAAGGACAGGAUACGUUUGAGGAGCGUAUGCAGAAGUAUCUGGAUGGCGAGUUGGACGAGAUGCCAGGUACAAACGGGAGUGGAAUCGCGACAGAUGACGCCGACCCUCUCGAUUCUGAUGAUGAAGAACCGGGAGCGAGUGGAUUUCAGCCGAAAACAGAGCAAUAUUUGGAAAAAGUGGUCACAGACACUGUUGAUGAUUAUUUGCUUGACGAAGAUGAAAUUGACCGCAGGUUGCUGAAAAUGGGAAUUGGCGGAGAAGUAGAACAACUGAUGGGUGUUUUGAGUGAAGAAGAACGUGCUGCAUUUGCUCAACUUGCUGAACAAAUCAACAUCGAUACAAGCGGGUUAAACGAAAGUUGCUUCAAAAAGCGCUAA